GCCAAACCUAUAUCCCUCCUCAGUGUCUCCAGUCUGUGUUUGUAACAUGUUUGUAAAAUGCUUCGUUGAGGAUCCUCUGUUGCUCUGAUGCUUUGUUAAGCUCUCUUUUAUUGUCGAGUCUUCAUGAAAAACGUAGAGCUGUGAGACAGAUUUGUCAAUUGCUGGUUAGUGCUUCAGAGGAUUAACAUUAGCUAAAGGUGGCAAAGCAAGCUAAUAAUAACUGUCAGUCACAAGUUGAACUUAAAGCUGCCCAGUUGUGGACAGAUCUUUACACUCUGGGAACUGUUACCGAAAUGCAACUCAAGGACGUAUUCGUGUCUGCUCCAGGGAAGGCGAUCCUCCACGGAGAGCAUGCGGUUGUGCACGGAAAGGUGGCUCUUGCUGUGAGUUUGAACAUGAGAACCUAUUUACAUUUAAAAGGCAACACUACUGGCAAUGUUUGCAUCAACCUCCCAAAUAUUGACACAUUCCUCUGCUGGAACCUAGCUGAACUGAAGCAGCUUAUUGCUUAUUACUGUGGUAAGAGGGAAGAGACGAAACGUCUGGAUGCGGAACUUAUAAGAAGACUGCGUGAAUUUAUUGGUGUCACCAAUGGAAACUUGGACACUUGCAACAUGGCCAUCCUAGCCUUCCUCUACAUCUACCUCUCACUGUUUGGAUCAGGUGAGCUGCCCAGCUUGUCGGUGACUGUGUGGUCGGAGCUGCCGACUGGAACAGGACUGGGGUCAAGUGCUGCCUACUCCGUGUGUUUAGCUGCUGCUCUGCUCUGUGCAAGUGGAACUAUCCCCACUCCUCUCAAAGAGGGGGAUAACACUGCCAGGUGA